UUGAGUACACGAGUUGAGUCCAGCCGCAGAAGAUCCACCCGCCCGACCAGGUUUCGUUUCGAUUUUUCUUUUCUGGGUCCUUCAUUCUCUUCUGGGCGGCACCAUGUCGAGCGGCGGCGGCGCGGCGGCGGCGGUGGACCCGGAGGCGGCGACGGAGCUGGUGCGGAAGGGCGCCACGCUCCUCCUCCUCGACGUGCCCCAGCGCACCCUCCUCGGCGUCGACACCCAGGUGUUCUCCGUCGGGCCCAAGUUCAAGGGGAUCAAGAUGGUGCCUCCGGGGCCGCAUUUCCUCUACUACUGCUCCCCCAACAGGCACGCAAAUGAGUUCGCACCUACUGUCGGAUUCUUUCUUACUACUCACCCAUCUGAGGUGAUUGUUCGGAAGUGGCAUGCACAGGAGGAGAGAUUAAUAAAACUACCAGAAGAGGAGGAAAUCAGAUAUUCUGAAGCAGUAAGACAUUUCGAGUUUGACAGUCAGCUUGGACCAUAUAAUUUGGAUUCAUUUGGAGAUUGGAAACAACUCUCAAGCUACUUGCCACAAAGUGUCAUUGAACGUCUUGAGCCAAUUGGUGGAGAAAUUACAAUUGCAUGGGAGUCAUCAUGGAUGGAUAAAGCUCCGCAAACAGACAUGGAGAGACGUUUAAUGGACCAACUAAAAGAUGGAAAAUUUGCAAAGAAUGCUCCUGUGCAGUCUGAGCGGAGAGGAUGCUACUAUACAACUAUCCCUGCUUCAAUUAAGCAUAGUAACAUCUCUGGGGAUGAGCUAACUGCAUUAAAUCUGGACAAAACAUGCUUGCUGGAGAGUGUUUUGGCCAAGAAUUACCAAGGCCAAGAGGAUUUACUCUUGGGAGAGCUGCAGUUUGCUUUCAUAGCAUUUAUGAUGGGGCAGUCACUGGAGGCUUUUAUGCAAUGGAAAGCAUUAGUUAGUCUUCUUUUGAGCUGUAGUGAAGCUCCUCUUCAUACAAGGACUAACUUGUUUGUAAAGUUUAUUAGGGCAAUUUACUAUCAACUCAAGCAUGGCUUUCAGCACACACAGGAUAAUAGAAGUGGUGAGGAAAUGGGGAAUUCUCUGUUCUUAGAUGAAGCAUGGUUUUCAAGAGACAUAUUUCUCUAUCGUCUUUCUAAGGAUUUCUUUGCGGUGAUACUUGAAGCUACAGUUGUUGAUGGUGACCUUCUGUCAUGGACUCGAAAACUAAAAUCACUUCUGGAGACCACAUUUGGAUGGGAUCUUGACAACAAUACGGUGAAUCUAAUUGAUGAAGAUGAUGAGUUUGCUCCUGUGGUCGUGGAAAUGGAUGGGUCAUAGACUCAGGUGGACUUUUGAAGCCAUAUUCAGGACAUCUGAUCCGACUAACACUGGACUUGCUUAACAGCUGGCUACUUGAUCAGUGAUGGAGAUGCAUACAAGAUUACAAGUAGGGCUUUCUUGGCAGUAUGUAUCCUGGUUUCCUAAAUUCCUGUUUGUAAAUAUACGAAGAAUAAUUUCUCUUUGCACUAAGCGGUCUAUCUUGUACUAGUACGCUAUUUACCGAGCCUUUUAUCUUCUGCAGCGAACGGCAGUUUUCUCUAUGGUUUGUUCUAGUACUUCCAGUAAA